GUUAUUGCCGUAUUGACGUGGCUGACCAGAACAAACAACACGCGACAGAUACUUUCAGAGAGGAUAGUUGCAGAGAAAACAGAGUUCUUCAUAGAUCUUCAUCAUUCCCACUAGAUCUUCAUCAUCUUUCUAAUUCAUUCCAAUGUUAGGAAGUUCUUCAUCAUUUCCAGUCUCUACUUCUACCACCAGCUAUCAUGUGUUUCUCAGCUUCAGAGGAGAAGACACGCGUAAAAACUUCAUCAGUCACCUUUAUGCAGCACUGCAAAGGAAACGCAUCAAAGCAUAUAUUGAUGAGAGAGCACAAAAGGGCGAAGAAAUUUCGCUUGCACUCCAAACUGCGAUAGAAGAAUCAAAGAUCUAUGUCCUGGUUUUCUCCGAAAACUAUGCAUCUUCCACGUGGUGCUUGAAGGAACUGACUAUGAUACUGAACUGCAAGAAGAGAUAUGGAAGGGACGUGAUACCGGUUUUCUACAAAGUGGAUCCAUCAACUGUCAGGAAGCAGGAAGAAAGAUACAAAGAAGCAUUCGAAGAGCAUGAACAGCUGUUUAAGGACGACAUGGAGAAAGUGCAAGGAUGGAAGGAUGCUCUAACCGAAGCUGCUGGACUCUCCGGUUGGGAUUCAAACGUUAUCAGGUCAGAAAACACACUUGUUGAAGGAAUUGUGGAAGAUAUUAUGAGAAAAUUGAAUCUUUAUUCCAUUAGUUAUAAUCCAGGAACUAUCGGCAUUGAAAAACAUAUUGAAAGCAUUCAGUUAUUGAUGCAUUUUGAGUCAUCAGAUAUUCGGAUCAUAGGAAUUUGGGGCAUGGGAGGAAUAGGAAAAACUACAAUUUCUGAACAAAUAUAUCACACAUUUACAAUGCAAUUUGAUUCCAGAAGCCUUGUUUUAGACACUCAAGAAAAAAUAAAAAGAGAUGGAAUAGACGCUGUCAGAAAAAAAUAUAUGCCCGAGCUUCUAAAUGAAGUACCAUCCCUCAAAGGAAUGAGGAUUCUCAUCAUUCUUGAUGAUGUUACUGAUUCGGUUCAACUUAAACAAUUGCUAGGAAGGUGUGAUAGUUUUGGACAAGGCAGUAGAAUCAUUAUAACCAGUAGAGACAAACAAGUGUUAAAGAAUGCUGGAGCUGAUGACAUCUACGAAGUUAAGGAGUUGAAUUUUCCUGAUUCUCUGAAACUUUUUAGUUUACAUGCUUUUAAACAAAACUCUUCACAAGAAACAACGUACAUGGACUUGGCAGAAGAGGUGUUGAGAUAUGCAAAAGGAAUUCCAUUAGUUCUCCAAAUUUUGGGCUCAUUACUUUACGGAAGAACAAGAGAAGCAUGGGAAAGUCAGUUGCAAAAGUUGAAAAAAAGCCAACAUCUUAAAAUUUUUAAUGUAUUAAAAUUAAGUUAUGAUGGGCUUGAUGACGAGGAAAAGAAUAUAUUUCUUGACAUCGCUUGCUUUAAUAGGGGAUACGAAGAGAGCCUGGUAAUAGAAAGAUUAGACGACUGUGGUUUUUCUUCUAAAAUUGGAAUGGAUGUUCUCAAAGAUAGAUGUCUAAUAUCUAUCGUUAAUGGUAGAAUUGAAAUGCAUGAUCUAAUACAAGAAAUGGGUCAAGAAAUUGUUCGUCAGUGCCCUCAAUAUCCUGAAAAAUGCAGUCGAUUGUUUAAGGCUGACGAGAUUCUUGAGGUUUUAAAAAAGAACAAGGGGUCAGAUGCAAUUCAGUGUAUCUUACUAGAUUUGGCAGAAAUAAAAGAAGUUAUAGUACAUGGACAAACUUUCCAAAAGAUGGAUAAUCUUAGGAUGCUUAUACUCGAUGAUUAUUUUCGUAUUGGAAUUCUACGGGAAUCCAAAGUGUCUCUUGCAUCAUCUCUUGUAAGUCUACCAGACUCUUUAAAGAUUCUUUCUUGGAAAAGUUUCCCUCAAAGAUCUUUACCACCAGACUUUUGCCCAAAAAAUCUAGUGAGACUCGUAAUGCCAUACUGCCAUCUUGAACAACUUUGGGAAGAAGAUCAGAGUUUACCGAAGUUGAAAAGGCUCGACCUGAGUUAUUCUGAGAAACUUACUAGAAUACCAGACCUUUCCCAGUCACCAAAUAUUGAAGAAAUAAUUCUCAGUCAUUGUCCAAAGUUGAUUAAAGUUCACUCUUCCAUAUUACUCACCAAGCUCACUUCUUUACGUUUAGAUAGAUGUUAUAAUCUCAAUAGUGUAACUGUUCCCAGCAAUAUUCUAUCUAGAUCACCAGGAUCCAUUAAUCUUUCAUGUUGUUCGAAUCUUGAAAUGUUUUCAACCAGUCAAACCCCAAUAUCUUAUUCUCCACCAUCGUCAUCAUUAAUUGGUCCAAUAUUCCCUCAUGUGAAACUGGGGCGUCAAUUGCAACGUGGGCAUUCCAUAGAGGCGCACUCGGCUACAAGUGAAAAUCCCUCAAGAUCGUAUUACAGUAGAAUUUUCUCCAUUACUUAUUGGGAAGCGGAUGAAGAAAAAGAAGUGACUAAUAAUAAUAUAUACCUAUAUGAUGAAAUGUCGGAACAACUCUUUGAAGGUGUGUCCUUAAAUUUUCGAAGUCCCAAGGAGCUCUGUUUCUUAGAUCUCUCGAACUGUUCUUCCCUUACAAUAUUUCCAUUUGACCUUUCUGAGAUGAAAUUCCUAAAGGAACUUUAUCUCAGUGGUUGCUCAAAAUUGGAAUAUUUCCCAGAGAUUGAGGAUACGAUGGAAAAUUUGGCGGUUCUAAUCUUAGACGACACAGCCAUACAGGCACUACCUUCAUCCUUGUGGCGUUUGGUAGGGCUUCAACAACUGAGUUUGCGGGAUUGCAGGAAUCUUGAGAUUAUUCCAUCUUCCAUUGGAAGCCUCACCAGACUAUGCAAGUUAGACCUUACCUACUGUGAAUUACUUCAAAGUUUUCCAAACACCAUUUUCAAAUUGAAGUUGAGGAACCUUGAUUUGUGUGGUUGCUUUAAGUUGAGGACCUUCCCAGAGAUCACGGAGCCGACACAAACUUUUACUCAUAUAAAUUUAACAGAAACGGCUAUCAAAUAUCUGCCUUCCUCAUUUGACAAUUUGGUUAAUCUUCGAUCCCUGCAGCUCAACAAAUGCAGGGAUCUCGAAUCACUCCCAAACUCCAUUGUUAAUCUAAAACAUCUCUGUAAACUUGAUUGUUCGGGGUGUGCCAAAUUAACAGAAAUCCCAACGCACAUUGGUAGCCUCUGGUCAUUAAUGGAACUGUCACUGAGUGAGAGCGGAAUCGUGAACCUUCCUGAAAGCAUUGCUCAUCUUUCAAGCAUGAUAUUACUUGAUUUAAGCGACUGCAAAAAUCUUGAAUGCAUCCCACAGAUUCCACUGUUUCUAAAACAACUGGUGGCAUUGGAUUGCACAUCAAUUAGAAGAGUGAUGUCAAAUCGAAACCUCUCAGAUUCAAAGGAGGAUGUCUUCAUAUUUCAUUUGACCAAUGCCCAACAACUGGAUUUAGGUGCUCGUGCUAACAUUGAGGAGGAUGCAAGGCUCAGGAUGACCCACGAUGCAUAUACGUCUGUGUUCUUCUGUUUUCCAGCGAGUGCAAUUCCUCAUUGGUUUCCUUUUCGCAGCGAAGGACCUUCAGUGACUAUAAAUGAAGAUUUAAGUUUCUGCAGCGAUGGCAGGCUCAUUGGUUUCGCUUUGUGUGUGGUUUUUGGAGUGUUAGAUACGAAUGAUAUUAAUAGCAGAUACAGUUCUUUUGUUUACAGCCUAACAUUUGAAUGUGAUGAUGAUGGCACACAGAUAAUUCCAAAUAGUAAUGUGUUAGAUAACUAUUUCCCAGGGCGUUAUAGUCACAGAGUCCUUGAUAAAGAUCACAUAUUUAUGUGGAAAUUUAACUUGGAGAGCCUAAGGGGGAGCAGCAUGAACCUUAGGCUCUGUGAUGCUCGCAGCUUCACUUUUGAGAUCGAUUAUAACUUUGAGUUUGAGUGGUCAGAUUACGUCUCCUUUGUGACAAUAAAAGAAUGCGGAAUGUGCCCUCUUUAUAGCAGCGAAAGCAAUGUUGCAGAAUCUUCAAGGUAAACAAAGGAAGAUAGGAAGAGGAAGGCAGAAAACUACUUAGUGGGCUAGUCUCUUGCUCUUCUGCUAAUUGGUAUUCCGUUGGUGGGUUCGUUCCGUAGCUGACAAGAUUUCUAAGUUAUUAUUAGAUAUAGUUUGAUGUCGUUGUAAGUUGAGUUGCUUCGUUGUCCCAAAUUUGCAUUUUGUUGAAACCUUAAUGUAUGGGCUUCAUUAACUUCUUUAGCAUAUUUGGCUUUCAUACAUUAUGAAAUCUUUAAGAGCUGCA